UGCUGCUGCUACUGCAAGGUCGUCAGGCCCAAGUCAAGGAUCACAGAGAGCAGCUGCAGUAGCUGCUUUGUCACAAGUUCUUACUGCUGAAAAGAAGCGGUCACCUGAAGCCUCUCCAGUUCGAUCCACCACAAGUCCACCAUCAGAAGCUAGCCCUCCAGUACUGCUUGCUGCUGGAACAAAGAUUGAGAAUGUGCUUUCACAAGUAGAAGAUUCUAAAGAAGAUUCUGAAAUUAAGGAUACAGAGGUAGCUGAGCCUGUAGUAGAUAGUAAUGGGGACGAUUCAGGACCAAAGCAAGAGGAAGGGCAGGAUGCGAACGGUAGUGAAACCAGUCAAAGUACAUUUAGUUAUGAACAGCUGAAGGCUCAUUCCGACAAUCCAGUUACUGGAAUUGACUUCAAAAGAAGAGAGGCUUAUCUAUCUGAUGAGGAAUUCCAGGCUGUACUGGGGGUGACGAAAGAAGCAUUUUAUAAAUUACCAAAAUGGAAGCAAGACAUGCAGAAGAAGAAAUUCGAUCUCUUCUAGAAAUUGAUUUCACCAAAAUGAAGUGAUGUCUCUACUUUUGCAACUUCUUGCAAUGCCUUUUUUUGUCCGACUUUUAUGUCAGGCAACUUGGUUGGAUUGCCAUAUCUUGCAUUUUGAGUUUGCCCUUUCCCUAUAUGACCUUAGUUUUUUUAGUGUCGGUAUUGAUUACGUGAUGCGCGCCUGAAGAGUGAUUUUUUAUUCCCCCCUCUUUUAACCGCUGCUGCAUUUGUUGUGAUCACAGAUUGUAGUUUUUAAGGACAGCAGGCAGGUGAAAUUCUUUGAUUUGGUUGUUAUGUAUCUCAGUUUGUGGUUUUUGGAGUCCCCUUUUUCUUGUUUGUCAUUUAUUUGUCAAAGGGUUGUAUAUGUAUUGCAUUUGUACUAGAUUCCAAUAUUUAAGGAAUGUACACACUUGUUUUCCAUUAAAUGUUUAUUAGCUGAAAAAACAUGUACUUUACUGGUCCUUGUAUCAUGGGGAUAUUGGUGAUGAAAUGUUUGUUCUAUGCUUCAGUCUACAUUCUUUGUUGUCUA